AUGGCCACCGCCGCCGCCGGCAGCAGCAGCUUCCGGCGAACAAACCCUUCGGUGACCUCUCUCGGCGGCUCUCCGGCGACCGCCGCCGCCGCCGGCGUGAAGCGCGGCCCAAACGCGGCUCUCUACGUCUCCUCCGGCAUCCCCACCCUCGACGGUACUGCAUCUCUCUCACCUUCCCUGGUUUUUUCCGAAGGUUUGGGAGGGAGAAGAAACUACUAAUGGCGGGUCUGGUUUUUCAGCGAUUCUGGGUGGGGGUUUCCUCCUGGGCAGCCUGGUGAUGAUCGUAGAGGACGCUGAAGCUCCCCACCAUCUCCUUCUUCUUAGGAACUUCAUGGCUCAGGGCCUCAUCCACACCCAGCCGCUGCUGUUCGCCAGCUCCACUGUGGACCCCCGGGCGUUCAUGGGCACCUUGCCCAGCCCCUUGUCGUCCCCUUCCUCCUCCGCCUCCUCCUCUUCUGCUCAGUUAGCCAAAGGGAUAGUGCUCCCCGCCGCAGAUGAUCACCUGCAGCCACAGGUAGUAGUAUCCAUCUCGCUGUCGCCUCUCUCUCCUCUCUUCCUGUCUACCUUGUUCCGUAGCUCUUGGUCAACGGCUCUUUUCUCUGUUCUUCCUCGUGUCUGACUUUGGUUUAUGGAUGUGGAAAGGGACUGAGGAUCGCAUGGCAGUACAGGAAGUAUUUUGGGCCGCAGAAGGACGCGCCACAGGGUAACAAUGGAGGUGAGAAAGCUGUGUGGGAGAGCCAGCUGUGCUGUUCAUUCCAGCCACCAUUAGUCUCCCAGCUCUUUGUUCCCAUGUUGACCCUCGUCAUCGGAGUUGGUGGUCACUUUUAAUAGAAUUUGGUAGAUUGACCAAAUCGGCUGUUUCUAAUGACAUCUUUUUAACGCUUUCGUUUCAAGAAGCCAUCUCUGUUCUGUUUCUACUUUUCUCUGCUGGAAGUAGUGUUUCAUCCUGGAUGGAGUCUCUGAUUUCGCAGUUUAGUAUGCAUUAAAUUCUCUCACUAGCAUGGUGGUACAACGUACUCCAAGAUGAUUGGAUGCACUUCAGAGAUUAUUUAGUGGAUCAUUUUCUUACUAAAUCGGACAGUGAUUCUUAUUUUUCUUCUUAAUUCUUCUUAUUUUACAAAGCAAAGACCUUCAUUCAGACACGAAUCUUACAUUGUCCGGAGCCUCUAGUGUCACCUCCUGGAAGUUACUCCAGAGUGAGCUGAAUGCCUGACGAAAAAGUUUGUAACAUCAUGAAUGAAAGAAUCUUCAUUUCGAUUGGGUCACCUCUCAAGCAUACAUUGUCAUGCAUACAUUGAUUUUUGGGACUCUCAAAUCUUGUCAUGUUGAUUUUUUAUGUGGAAGAGUGAGAUGGCGACUCGAGUUCUGUUUCAUCAAUGGGGAUUGUCCUCCACUUUGAAGUUGUAUUUGGGAAAAAAAUGUGUACUCUUGGUCUCUACAGCUUGAUAGUAAAUUGGAAAUAUUACUCUCGGGGUAAUGAAUAGUAUGGGUAAUGAUGUAAGACUUAACUACUACGUAACGGCCAUUGUCGUAUGAUUAAAGAUACAGCCUCCUCUCUUCAUGCAACAUCUCCAGAUACCUUUUGCUUCCCACUGUUGGAUUCUCCUUCCAGAAGCCUCCUAUUCAUGGUUCUUCCUUUUUUUUUAUUUUGACGAAGCAAGUGCGGAUGAACUGCUUCAUAGGUGGCACUUGAGAGGCUCCAACUCCCUUGUCAACCAUCAUAGUUAUAUGCCGCAUGAGUCAACUAGAAAAUUUCUUCAUGCAGCUUUUCAGAGUUGGCUGAUUUUCCACGUGAUUGCUUCUGAUUACACGUUACUCCUGCUCUCUGUAUCGUCUGGCCUCUUGCUUCCAUGGUUUUCCACUCCCCAACUGUGACUUGCUAUGAGCUUUUCUUGUUGUGCCUUUCUCAACUCUGUUUGUGCUGAAUCGGAUUUGGGUGGAGUCUUUAGUUAUAAAUUACAAUUUCACGCUGAAAAAUGGAUUAUACUUUUUUUUUUUAGAAAAUAGAUCUAUCUUGAGGGUGGUAUUUCUCAGUUUUGAUUUCCCUAUUUAAAGUUAAAAAUAUGGUCAUGGUAUUACAGAGGAAACAGCUCAUCAGGUAAUUGGGAAAAAGGAAAAAGCUCUACUUAUGUUGCGUGGAAUAGCUUACUAGAAGAGGGUACGAUGUCUUCUAAAUGAAAAUUUAACACUAUUUGUGUAAGCAUUUGGAGUUCUUUCUUGCACCACAUCUGGGAUUAGAACCUUGAAUUUAUGUUGACACCUCUGCCUAUGAUAUUUGCAGUUAAAUUGAUUUUCAUUAAAUGUGAUAGUUGAUGAUUGGCCAUGUGGGUUUCUUGCAACUCGUACUCAAAUUAAAAAGCGAAACAAACUCGGAAGAAAAUCUCCUUAAUAUAAAGCUAAUAGACUUUGAAGAUCUAAUCUUAUUUCUGGUAUGAUGAAAUACUCUGUCGAUUUCCCUUUCUUGACUGAUCAUAUUAAUUUUUUUUUUGGAGGCUUGACUAUUAUAACUAAUUGUGUUAUCCAUUUCUAUCCAAAGAUUUCCAGAAACAUGGCAUAUUUUGGGCUACGACAUUAAAAAAAAUCAUUUGAUUUUAAAAAUUCGUUUGAAAUUUCUUAUGCCUGCUCUUAUUACAUAAUACAGUGAAUUUCAGAUACAUUCUGGUCGAAUGUACUGGGAAUUAUUUUAGUGAAUGAUUUUUUUUAUAUUUUUAUACCCUUUUCCUUCGUUCUGUGUCUAGCAAAUAUUUUCUUUCAAUCUUUGCCAUUGCAACUCACUGCAAUGCAAAGGAAGAAAUAUCCCGUUAAAAUACUGCAGAACACCUAAGACGCUAUUCCAUGCCCUCUUUUGCUUUUUUUUUUUUUUUUGCGAAAGAACAAUUUUCUUUGGUGUUUUUCUACCUCUUACUUGUUUCCUUUGAGCUGAUUCCAACACCAAUCCUGUGAAUUCGAGAAAAUUAUCCUUUCAACCUUUUUCUGUUUAUAGGAUAUUGAUGAAAAUAUCAUAUUUUGCAGACAAGAAAGAGUUCUCGUGUGAAUUUGACUUGCGAAAACCCUUGGAUAAGCACCUACUCAUUGGAGAGCAUAUUGAGUCUGCCAGAGUGCAGGACUAUCCAAAUCUUGGAUCUCUCUUAGAUCAUUGCUGUGCAUUUUUAUCUCGACUUCAGAAGUAUGCUACUGUUUAUUUUUCAUGAUAUAUUUUCUAGAAAAUAUUUGAGACUUUUUUUUAUCAAUAGUGCUUUUUCAUGAUACAUGUUCUCAGAGAUUUCUCAUGCUUCUUGCUGGUCCUUAUCGAUUUGUAUUCACUGGUUUCAAAAGACUUCUGAUGCUGCUCCAUGCUAAAAUUUAUCGUCAUACACGCAUGUCAAGCAUGCCAAAUCGGACAUUUAUCAUCCUCCAAGUAGCAUACUUAUCAUCAAUCCAAUAAAAAGCUUCUCAAGAAGGUGAAUCUCUUUUGGGGAUGCUUGUCUUACUGACCAUUCACGUUCUAACCGUCCAAGGGGAGCCCAUCCAAUGGUGGAACCCUAAGAUUCCCCCCUUGAUAUGUUUUAAAGGGUUGACACUUUCAAAAUGUCAUGUCGGCUAGGAAGAAGGAAAAGAGUUGUAACAUUGAACUCUACUUCUGUUGGGUACCUGGUGGUGGGCUUUAAGCUGUAAUCCACCAAGAAAAAGAAAGGAGGUGAGGUGAAUAUGAUAGACAGCUUUGGUGCUUCAAGCAGUAAUCCAGAGAAGAUAGAACAUUGCUUGUUCUCAGUAAUCACAUUAAAAACAGAGAUAAAAUAAGAAACAUAGAAAUAUGAAGACUCAAGGAGAAGAGAAACUCCCUUCCAUGGUGAUGGUUUGUUGAGUUUUGAGGAAGAGAGACUUGGGGGGGGGGGGGGAUGGCUUCCACAGCGGGGGAAGGGCCAUUCUAUGUCUGUCCGAACCUGACUACAGCCAAACUGAAAAAAAGAAAUGCAGCCAAGGAGAGCAGCUGGUGGUUCCUACUACUCUUCCCAAGCUUGAGAUGGUAGAUUUGAUAAAACAAACUGGUAUUUGGGAUGUCCCCUUUCUCGCUCCUCUCAUCUCCACAUUUUCAAUUUCGUUCUUGUUUCUCUGUGUUAUGAAGGUAUUCUGAUUCCCCAGCGUUGAGAACAGGCAAGACUAAUACUACUGAAGGAAGAUCCUUAAGAUGAUAACAUAUUUCCGAUGGUUCCUUCAAGAAGAUUAUAUUGGGUGCCGCCGACCAAUGUGAAGAUCACUGGGGUUAUCAUAUUCCAAAUAGUGCGCCUGUUGCAAAAGAGAGAUACAAGGGCGUGCACUGUCAUGUAGGGAAGCUGGGUUUAGUUCACUUGUACCAUCGUGUCCACCGUUGGUCUGCAUUGUUGACAGCCAUCAUUUUAACCCACCAUUGCACAUCUUAUCCUUUGAAUGUUUCUCUUGAAUGGGAAGUGCCCGUUUAGCCCACUCCCUUUGCCUAGCUUAUGGUACUCUCCCUCGAUGCUGACCGAAAACAGAGGAUUCUUGUAAAUAUUUAGACAUCCUGCUAUUGAAAUACUAUGAAGCCCUGGUCUAAUAGCCAAUGCGGAAGUGCUAACAGUGGCUUAUGGCCCAGCAGUGACCUUCUCCCAUGAUUUAGGAUAAAUUUGGCUAAACCAUUUCAACAAUCCAUAGUGGAAAUACUAUUGUUGACAACUUAUGAUUCAGCUAUAGUGAUGGGCUACUGCGGCAUGAUUGUAUCCCCUGGCCUAGAGAAUAGUUUCGAUAGAACUAUAUGACAGUUUAGUUAUAUUAAAGCCUGAGACGGUAUUUUCUAUCAAAAUUUUCUGCCAAGCCUAAUUUUAAUGCUGCAGAAUGUACCUGCCAUUUCAAUAACUUCAGUUUCUCUGUUCUGGCUUCUCUCUAGAUUCCAUGGUUCUCUAUGCCUGCUCUAGAUGCAUAUGAUUGGUUCUUUUUAACUUGAUGCGGUUUUACUACUUCUUUGUAUUGUAAGAUUCGGUCUGACAUACAGAAAUGAUAGCGGGAUCCAGUGUGCCGGUCGUAUUGUCAUACAAUCUCUUUGUGCCCCGCAAUGUGGUUUCUCCAAACUGGUACUUUUAACUGUGUUGUGUGCUUCUUCAGAGUUUCUUCCUUGAGCAAACUCUUGGGAUAUCCAAUGGUUGAAACCUUCAUUCAUUUUUCAGGAUUGGGAUAUGAUCUCCUUCAUCAGGUCCCUGAAAGCUGCGCUACGAGCUUCCAAUGGGGUUGCAGUCCUUAGUUUCCCUGCUUCUGUUCUUCCGCCUUCCUUCUCUGUGAGAUGGAAGCAUCUGGCAGAUACUCUCCUAUCUGUCAGCGCUAUCCAAGGUAUUGUUCUUGAAAGUGUUCAUAUUUUUGCAUAUUAUUUAGCAGCUUCUUAUGCAGAAUUGGCAUUUUUUUUUUUUUUUGUUAUCAGAUGAAGACAAGAACCUUGCACAGCUCCUCUCUGGUUACCAAGAUAUGGUUGGAUUUCUCAAGGUUCAUAAAGUUGCACAGCUCAACACCCAGGUACCCACCCACAACUAGCUACUUUGACUCUCAUAAUAACCUUCUUCGGGUAAUAUUCUUGGAUAAGUAUCAUAUUUUGACUUUUGAUGGGAGUUGGAGAAUAUUUCUACAUUUCCUUGGAGUAACCUGGGAUUUUGAUUAGGUUCCCACCAUUCCAGAAGCAAGAACGUUCUCUUUGAAGCUGCAACGCAGAAGAUCGUUGGUUUUAGAACCGUUGAAUCAAGCACCAGUUAGUAAUGGCUCGGAUGGGAGCUCGGACAGGUCGUCGGGAAGUUGUGGAUCUUCAAAACCCUCAUCCGUUGACUUCUGA